AGGCACUGGGAGGGACUGGGAGCCUGGUGGCCUUCCCGUGUCCCCGGGAGCCUUUGCGGCAGGAAGCGCCGCUCGCCCGCCACCAUUGUCCGGGCCGGGAAAAAACGACCCCGUUUUGGGUGAAAAAACGCCCGGAUUGGGGCCCACCGGUGCCAGGGAGCUCCUGCGGCUCUCGUGAAUCCGUCCCCGUUGGAUUUGGGGUGAAAAAGGGCAAAAAUGGGCCGAUCGCUAGCGGUGAGCGGCCGGGGGAGUUAAGCGGCGCGAGGAUUGCGUUUUGGGGCGCCGCCAUGGAGGGCGGGGAGGAGCCGCGGGGUCCCCGGCGGGACGGGGCCGUCCCCAGCGAGCCCCGCGCAGCACCACCAACGCCCCCCGGCGACCACCCCCGCGGCUUCAUCAACCUCCUGGGCCUCCUGGAGACCGCCGACCGCCCCUCCAAACCCUACCGCUGCACCGAGUGCGGGAGGACCUUCGGCCAGAGCUCCAACCUCCUGGAGCACCAGCGCACCCACACGGGCGAGAGGCCCUUCUCCUGCCCCCAGUGCCCCAAGAGCUUCGGCAGGAGCUCCACCUUGGCCGAGCACCUCCGCACCCACACCGGCGAGAAGCCCUACGCCUGUCCCACCUGCGCCCGGACCUUCAGCCGCAGCUCCACCUUGACCGAGCACCGGCGCACCCACACCGGCGAGACCCCCUUCUCCUGCCCGGAGUGCGGGAGGACCUUCGGGAGGACCUCCAACCUGGUCAAGCACCUCCGCACCCACACCGGCGAGAAGCCCUACGGCUGCGGCCGCUGCGGCAAGACCUUCAGCCUCAGCUCCAACCUGGUCAAGCACGAGAGGACCCACACGGGCGAGAAGCCCUUCUCCUGCCCGCAGUGCCCCAAGCGCUUCAAGAAGAAGACCCACCUGGCCUCCCACCAGCGCACCCACACCGGCGAGCGGCCCUACCGCUGCGGCGAGUGCGGCAAGGCCUUCGGCCAGAGCUCCACCCUCAUCGAGCACCAGCGCACCCACACCGGCGAGCGCCCCUUCCGCUGCGGCGCCUGCGGCAAGAGCUUCUGCGUCUCCUCCAACCUGGUCAAGCACCGGCGCAUCCACACCGGCGAGAAGCCCUACGGCUGCGGCCGCUGCGGCAAGCGCUUCCGCUACAAGCCCCAGUUCACCCGGCACCUCAAGGGGCACCCCGAGGAGGAGGACCCGGCUUGCGGGCCCUAGGAGGUGGGCCACCGGGGGCCACCGGGUGGUCCGACGUCGCAGCGUUCGUCUAAGAACCCAAGGAACGUCAUGGUGUCGUGGUAUGGUGGCCACCAAACCGUGGUAGAACCUCAGAUGUUGAGCCUGGAGACACGUGGAGGUCGAAUACGGACUUGGGAGGUCAGGGUGGGUCCCAGCUCCUCAACGGGGUGGUCCACUGUCAUGGCUUCCACCUUAGGACCCAAGGAACAUCAUGGAGUUGUGGUAUGGAGGCCACCAAACCGUGGCAGAACCUCAAAUGUUGUCUCUAGAGGUUGGUGAUGGACUUGGGAGGUCAGGAUGGAUCCCAGCACCUCAGAUGGGUGGUCCACCAUCAUGGCAUUCAUCUAAGAACCCAAGGAACGCUCUUGGUGUUGUGGUAUGGUGGCCACCAAACCGUGGUAGAACCUCAAAUGUUGACCCUGGAGACACGUGGAGGUCAAAUAUGGACUUGGGAGGUCGGGAUGGGUGCCAAAACCUCAACAGGGUGGUCAACCGUCAUGGGUUCCAUCUUAGAACCCAAGGAAUGCUCUUGGUGUCGUAGUAUGGUGGCCACCAAACCAUGGUAGAAGCUUGAAUGUUGACUAUUUGAACCACCUUGAGGUGGAUUAUGGACUCGGGAGGUCAGGAUGGGUCCCAGGACCUCAACGGGGUGGUCCACCAUGAUGGCGUUCAUCUAAAAACCCAAGGAACGCUCGUGGUGUUGUGGUGUGGUGGCCACCAAACCAUGGUAGAACCUCAAAUGUUGACUCUUCGAGCCAUCUCUAGGUGGAUGAUGGACUUGGGAGGUCGGGAUGGGUGCUGGGACCUCAACAGGAUGGUCCACCAUCAUGGUGUCCGUCUUAGAACCUAAGGAAGGAUCAUGGUGUCAUGGCUUGGUGGCCACCAAACCACGGUAGAACCUCAAGUGUGGCUCCUGGGGACACCAGGAGAUGCCUUGGGGACCCCUGGAGACACCGUGGGGACAUCUGGAGACACCUGGAGAUGCCAUGGGGACACCAGGAGACACCAUGGGGACAUCUGGGGACACCUGGAGACACCAUGGGGACAUCUGGGGACAGAUGAAGCCACCGUGGGGACACCUGAAGACACCAUGGGACCACCACGAGGACAUCUGGGGCCACCCUGGGGACAUCUGGGAGGGGGGCGUCGCCGUGCUUGGGCCUCUGUGGCAGCAAUAAAGGGGCUGGGGUGGC